CUCCAACCAGUCAUCCAUUUGACAAGAAUGAAAAUUCCUAAUUACUUGGAGAUAUUUUUGUUCGUUUGCCACAUCAUCGUUGUCGCUGAUUCUAACUUAGUGUCGAAAAAAGUAGAAGUUUCGGCAAUACUUGUGUUCGGAGAUUCUAUCAUGGAUCCAGGCAACAAUAACUACAUCAAAACAUUGGUCAAAUGUGACUUUGCACCUUAUGGAAGGGAUUUCACUGGCGGAAUACCGACCGGACGGUUUAGCAACGGAAAAAUUCCUUCUGAUUUUAUAGCGGAAGAGCUUGGUGUGAAGGAGUUGUUGCCGGCAUAUCUUGAUCCAAAUUUGACAAUUGAGGAGCUUCUCACGGGCGUUAGUUUUGCUUCUGGAGCUUCCGGAUAUGACCCUCUCACGUCCAAGAUAGCGUCGGUGUUGUCGCUAGACGAUCAACUGGAGAUGUUCAAAGACUACAUAAAGAAGAUAAAAGCGGCGGUCGGAGAAGAAAAGGCGACGGCCAUCCUAUCCAAAAGCGUAAUAAUAGUCUGCACCGGCAGCGACGACAUUGCAAACACCUAUUUCAUCACUCCGUUCCGACGAUUCCACUACGACAUCCCAUCAUACACCGAUCUCAUGCUCCGAUCAGCUUCCAAUUUCUUGCACCAGCUUUACGCACUCGGAGGAAGAAGGAUCGGCGUUCUCAGCUUGCCGGCAAUUGGCUGCGUUCCGUCCAAGAGAACCCUAAACGGCGGCAUCGCCCGAAGCUGUUCGGAAGCUGCCAAUGGAGCGGCGGCGCUUUUCAAUUCGAAGCUAUCGUCGUUGAUUACGUCGCUCGGAAAUCAAUAUUCGGAUUCCAAGAUUGCUUAUUUCGAUGUCUACAAUCCGCUUCUUGCUCUCAUUCAAAAUCCUGCCCAAUAUGGGUUCGAAGAGGCGAAGAAAGGGUGUUGUGGCACAGGAAAUAUAGAGGUCAGCGUUCUAUGCAACCCUUCAUCCAUACCAUUAUCGUGCCCCGAUGCGGAUAAGUACAUCUUCUGGGAUAGCUACCACCCUUCCACCAAAGCCUACAAAAUUCUCACUCGUCAACUCGUAAAGGAUGCCCUAUCCAAGCUCUCCUAGUCCAAAAA